AUGUCCUCCACCGACUCAACUGCAAAAGGUUGGACUGACCGCCAGCGCCUCGCCUACUACUUCUCCCUCGUUGAGUAUUCAAACAUAAAACUAGACUUUACCGGCAAAUCCGUAGGCGCAUGUCGCAUCAUGGUCGACCGACUCAAGGGCACGUUGAAAGACGAGUUGGCCGCACUGCGCGGUGCUGACGCCGGGGCUGAUGAUAGUACUACGCCUAAGAAGGCUGCUACAACUCCGAGGAAGCGCAAGGCGAAGGGGAAGGCGGAGGCGGAGGUGGAAGAGGAGAAUAACACGCCGGUGAAGCGGGAGAAGAAGAAGAAGAACGUCGAGGAUAUUGAUGAGGAGGAGGAGGAGAUUGAGGAUGUCAUCCAAGAUAGUACUAGGCCAGAGGUGUAA